AUGAGGCGGAAUGAGAGAGUUGUAAGCCCUCUCUUAGACCUCGAAGCGCAAGAGAGAUAUUAUAGAAUGCAUUAUGAAAAUCUUGCUGGUUUAAGGCCAACAAUUAACACAUCUCGACCGGAUGAAGUUCCAAGAUUAGCGCGACAUAAGAAAAACAAGAAAGCACAAUGUCAAUUUGCCGAUACCGUUUCUAAUGAAAUAUAUGGUUUGAUUACAGCUAGAGAAGCAGAAAAAAAUAAAAAAUAUAAUUCUCCUUCAAAAACUCCAAAAACAUCGAGAAGAUAUGUUCCUCCUGAUAUUGCACAAUUUUACAAUUCUUCUCCGACAACUAAACCAGCGAAUGUAAAUAAUUCUCCAAAAUCUAAUAAAAAUCUAUUUUAUCCAUCUCCAGAUAUAGAUUCUACGGCUUCAAUGGAAAGUGAUCAUCCAAGAAUUAAUAUAAAGAAGGCAAAUAAAGUUGCUGACAUUAAUGAUUCAGAUCAAAAAGCGUUAGAAAGAAUUGUAAAUAAGAAGAUACAAGAAGUUAAAAGAAAUGCUCGUCAGAAAGAUGAGCAAGAAAAAUCACAUUAUAAUCUCGUUGCAAAUGAUUUACCAUCUUUAUAUCUUAAUACUCAACCUACAUCAAUAUAUGCAAAAUCACAAACACCUCCAUCUGACAAAUUAUCUAGCAUGAAUACAACCACACCUCCCAAUGCAAGAAAAAUUAAAUUUGUUUCUUCUUCAACUGAUGAUUCUGAUGCAGCAGAGUACUUAUCACAAGAAAAUAUAAAUGAAAUUGCUGACAUUCUAAAUUCUCCUGUUGAAAAUGAAGAAGAUGAUGAAACAAAUGCAAAGAUUUCAAAAGAAGUUUUAGGUAAACUAAAAGAUGAAAUAAAACAUAUGGAAAAACCAAUACCUGUAAAUCCUGAAAAGUCAGAACCAAUUCAUAUUGAUACUCCACCUUCCAAACAUAAAAUUUCGCCUGAAAGAAAGAACACUUCACCCGUUUCCGCUUCUGAAAAUAAAUUAGAUAGCGAAAAUAAAGAAAGUCCGGCCACUCCUUCUAAAAGUCAUAGAAUUAAAAAACAUAGAAGAGUUCGUAAACAAAAGCAGGGUUCAGAACAAUCACCAAAUUAUAGUUUAACUGAUGAUCAAUACAGUCAAGUUAAAUCUGAUAAAGAAAAUUUAAUUUCCCCAGAAAAUUCUAAUUUAUCAAAUCAUGAAACAGAAAAUAAGCAUGAAGAAUCUAGUAAUGAAAAAGGUAAUAAUAGCGCAACUCCAAAAUCACCUGAAUUUAAAGAAGUUUCGAAAUCGGAUAAUCCAUGGGCACAAAAUCCAAUAAAUAAACAGUUAGGUCCAGAACCAGAAAGGAAAGAAGCUUCUGUACCACCUAAUAAUUCUAAUGGCAGCGCUAGACAAGAAUUAGAUGUACUUGAUAAUUUCAAUAAAACAGCGCCGGUUCGGAAAAUGCCAGAACUUAAUCAAAACUCUGAUCUUAUUGAAUUUGGUUCUGAUGAAGCCAUUGAAACUGAUACGGAUGCACAAAAGAUUUUGAAUAUUUUUGACAAUGAUAAGAAGAGUCCAUCUACAACAGCUGUUCUUCAAGAUAAAAGUCAUAUUGAAGAGGAAGAAGAGUCUUCUGACGAAAUUGAUCCAAAACAAGAUGAAUUAAAUAAUUGUAUUACAGAACCACUUAAUAAGGAUAAACCACUUAGCAUAUCAGGUGUAUUAGAUAAAAUUGUCGAUAAAAUUCAAGAAAAAGAAGGAAUUAAUCCUGAUUCUCAAAAUAAAUCUACAAAAUCACCAGCUGAAUCAAGUAAAAACGAUAACAAUGAUGAUAAAACUGGUAAGGAAAAUCCGAUGACAAAAGAUGUUGAUCAAGGAAAGACAGAUUCAAAACCAGAUAAAUUAAAUGACGAAAAUAAAACAUCUGAUAAGAAUGACCUUCCUACAUUAUCAGAUUUACUUCAAACUCCUCCAAUUAAGCAAAAUGUUUCGGUUGAACAAAAUUCAAAUAAUCAGCCAGAAAAACAAGAAGAAACACCCCAUAAUACAACUAUCUCAGAUAUCCUUAUGCAUCCAAAUGAACCUCCAAAAGAAUUGAAUUCAAAUUCCCAGGUCAAUGAAGAAUCCAAACAAAAAGACCAAAUUAUGCCUGAAGAACCUGUUAAAUCAGAAUCUAAUAGCAAUGAUUCACCAAUGAAUGAUUCAAAUGAUGAUAUUCCAAAACCAAAUCUUUCCAUGAUACUUUUACAUCCUAAUAAUGAUAAUAAAUCUGAUGAAAACAAAGAAGAAACUCCAGAAAACAAAGAAAUUCCAGCUUCAAAUCCUGAAAAUGGAGAUAAAAAUGAAGAAAAACCAUUAUCACUAUCAAACAUUAUCAAAAAUCCUCCAACACAAGAAGAAAAGAAAGAUUUGACUUCUGAAGAUGAUAAAAAGCAUAAUAUUUUACUUGGAUCUCAAGCAAAGGAACAAGAAAAACAUGAGCAACCUAAUCUUUCAACUGAAAUUGUUGCUUCUUUCGAGAAAGAGCCAAAUCCACUUAGAAACUCAAUUAUUUCUCAAGGAACAAUUUUCGAAAAUAAAUCUCCAUCAAAAUCAGAAGGAGAAAAACAAGAUAUCGAUGUCCAAGCAACAGAAAGCAAAGAAUCACCAAGAAAUGAAAAAGAAAGUCCUCCUUUUGUUCCUCUUCUCCAACCUUUAAUUGACAAAAACACUAAGCAAGAAGAUUUACCAAUAAAUGAUCAAGAAAAAGAAUUGCCAAAGGAAGAGAAAACCGAAGAAAAGCCUCUUCUUGCUGCUCUUGUUGAACCUCUUGUAAACAAACAAGAUGAUAAAAACAAUGAAGAGGAGGAAAAACAAGAAGGAAAACCAUCUUUAUCUGAUUAUAUUCAACCUCCUGUUAAUAAGCAAGAAGAGCCUAGAGAAAAAGGUGAUGAAAAGGAGAAAGAAUCUCCAAGAAAUAAGGAAAAUGAAGAAAAAUCCGAUGAGAAAUUAAAUGAAGAAGAGGAAAAGCAUGAUGAAAAGCCUGUUUUAGCUCUUCUUAUGCAGCCUCUUUUCGAUCAAGUUAAUAAAAAUCCAGAUGAAAACAAAAAAUCCCCAAGAGAAAUUCCUAAGCAAGAAGAAAAACGAGAAAUUUCUGAUGAAAAAGAAACAGAAAGUAAUGAUCAAAAUACACCAAAAGAAUAUUCAAAGGAAGGUAGUUUGAAUGAAGAAAAACCUCUUCUUGCUAAUCUUUUGCAACCAAUCGUUGAUCAAAAUUCAAAGUCCGAAGAUAAAGAAUCUCCAAAGGAAAUUCCUAAACAAGAAGAAAAACCUGAAAGUCCUAAAGAAAAAGAAUCAGUAAAAGAAUCUCCAAAAGAAGAUAAUUCAAAUCUUGAAAAGUCUCUUCUUAAUGAUCUUUUACAACCAAUUGUUGAUCAAAACUCUAAAUAUGAAACAAAAGAAUCACCAAGAGAUAUUUCUAAACAAGAUGACAAAAAUGAAAUAGAAGAAAAACCAGAAAGUCCUAACGAAAAAGAAACAGAUAAUACUUCUUCAACAGAAUCUCCAAGAGAUGAGAAAUCAGAAGAUAAACCUCUGCUGGCUGUUCUUUUCCCACCUUUAGUCGAACAGACAGAAAAAUCAGACAAAGAAGAUAAAAAUUCACCAAGAGAAACUGAUGAGAGAAAUGAUACGGAAUCCCCAAGAAAUAUUAAUGAGAACAAUGAUAAAGAAUCACCAAAAGAAAUAGAAGAGAAACAAGAACAAGAAAAUCCUCCUCUUGCUCCACUUCUUCAGCCUUUAGCUGAUCAAACUGAAAAAUCAGACAAAGAUGAUAAAGAAAUGCCAAAAGAAAUCGAAGAGACGAAAGAUACCAAAGAAUCACCAACAAAUGAUGAGAAACAAGAAAAAGAAAAUCCUCCUCUUGCUUCAUUGCUUCAACCUUUAGUAGAUGAUAACUCUAAUAAAAACGAUUCAAAUGAUCAAAACUCUAUGUUAGAAGAAAAAGAUAUUUCUGAUGAUAAAAUAUCAGAUAAAGAAAUUCCAAUUGAAGAAGAAAAACCUAAAGAUGAAACUAGUCAUGAUAAACAAUCUGAAUCCAACGAACCACCAAAGGACGACAAAGAUGUUAAAAUUGAAGAUAAAACAGAUGAAUCAUCAACUGAAAAAGAAAACUCAAAUAGUAGUGAUAACGAAGAAAAACAGAAAGAUGAUAGCAAUUUUAUUGACAAAAGAGAUGAACCACAAAGUGAAGAAAAGAAAUCAUCUGAUAAAGAAAGUAGUUCUGAUAUUGAACCGUUGAGUGAAAGUGGAACAGAAGUCCCAAGUUCUAUAUUUAAUAUCCAAAGCAACACAAUUUCAAUGAUUUCUGAGAGUCCAAAUAAACAAAAUCAAUCAAUUAAUCAAAUUGAUGAAAAAGAACUUUCCAGUAGCACUGGAACUCCUUCUUCAGAACUUUCAAUUCAAAAUGCAAUCAAGGAUAAACUUGAACCGAAUACAGAGCCUCAAAAUAAUGAAGAAGAAUCGGAUUCAUCUGUUAGCAUUGAUUCAAUUCAUUCUGAUGAUGAAAAAGAAAAAUCUAAUGAACAACCGAAAGAAAAUGAAAAAGAAUCAGAAAAGGAUAAAUCAUUUGAUUCUGUUAAAAUUGAUUCUGAACGCGAUGAUUUUGAAGAACCAAAUAAUGAAAUUAAUGAUAAAGAACUUCCUACGAACCCUGAAAAUAUAAAUGAUCAAUUGAAGGAAGAAGUUCCAGAACCUCCGAAAGAAGCAGAGAAACAUGAUACAAGUUUUGAAGAAGAAGAGCAAAAAUUAGAAGCAAACUCAUCUAAGAGUUCAGUUAAAGAGGAAUCUUCUAAGGAGGAAGAUAAAGAAAAGUCUUCUGAUGAAGAAGAAGAACCAAAUGAAAUUCAAAACGAAAAUCAAAAAGAAGAAGAAAAGCAAAAUGUUUCACCCAGCAGAGAAGAACUACCUAAAGUAGAAGAAAUUAAUCAUGAUGAUGAACAAAAGCUAACGGAGGAAGAAUCUAAAUCAGAAAGCUCUUUAAGUGAUUCUAAUGAAAAACCAAAAGAAGAAAGUGUAACACCACAAGAAAACGAUAUUGAUCAUCAAGAGACACAAAAUAUAGAUAAUGAAGAUGAAGAAAAGCCAAAAGAUGAAAAUUCACAUGUAAGUGAAACACCAAUAGAAGAAGAAUCUAAACCUGAAAAUGAAUUGGAUGAAAAGAAAGAAGAUCAAUCACAAAAUCCAGCUGAAGAAGAAAUUAAAUCCGAAGAAGAAGAUAAUAAACCAAAAGAUGAAAAUUCACAAAUUCCAAAUGAAGAAGAAGAAAAGCCAGAAGAUCUUCAUGAAAAAGCAGUCAAAUUCCAGCCAAUUAAUGAUCAACAAGAAGAAAUUCCAUCAACUGAAAGUAUUAAAAAUGAUAAAGAAGAGGAAGAUGUCGAUUCUGAUUUAUCAUUCCAAUCAAAUGUCGCAAGGAAAUACGAAUCUUCUGUUGAUUUUAUUGAACCUUCUUCUCUUAAUUCUUCUGGAGAAAAUAUUUCUCUCAACGAAAUCAUCGAAGAAACUCCAAAAGCAGAAGAAGAAACACCUGAAGCAUCAGUAUCUCAAGAGGCAAUGGAAGUCUCUACUGGAAGAAUACAAUACGAAAGCCAAGACGAAAAUCGCAAACCAAAAGAAGAACCAUCAGAAGUUUCAGCAAAUUCAAUCUAUUCCGAAUCAGAAAUUUUACCAAAAAUGGAAAGUGAAAAAGAAAAAGAAACUCCGAAAUCUCUUUCUUACGCAACGCCUGUUCAUAUGGACAUACAACCUGAGCCAGAAAAGCCUAAGCUUGUGGAGAAAUAUGAAAACCAAACAACGCCAAGAAGAAGGAAGAAGAAGAGGGCAUCAAAGCUAAACGAUGAUAGUUUCCCGAUGUCAAAUUCAACACCACUUUUCUUUUCAACUGCAGAAAUUCCAGAAUCAGACCAAAGCCCAAGAAUUACAGAACAACUCCCUAAGCAGUCACCAAGAGGGUACACGAGUCCGAAAGUACCAUUGUUUAUUCAGUCGAACAUUUCUGUUACUACUCAUGGUCAUAAAAAGAAACAAAUUAAAAAAGUGAGAAGACCAGUUGAAAUGUCGAAAGAUGAUGAAGUCAUUUUCUAUACACGAGUGACAGAUACAACAUUGAUAAGGAAUGAAGAACAAUUAAGGUCUCAGUUCAUGGAUGCUCCAAUAAAAAUCGAUGAUUCAAUUCAAUCUAUUAGCCCUGUUAAUAUUUAUAAAGGAAAAGGCGAAGUUGCAGCUACCCUUAAUUCGCCUAAAACUAAUUUACCAAGAAAACCACUAGAGCUUGAAAAACUCUGGUAA